CCUGGGCCCCUGCAGCGGAGCACAUGAACUUAACCGCUUGGCCACGGAGCCGGCCCCCAAAUACAUUUUCUGAAGUGCAGUUUAACAAUGUGUUGAUAACCUUCUACACCCUCUCUACUCCAAAGUAAUUUGGAAUCUUUUUCUAAGUAUCAGCUUGAAUAAUAUAGGUUAAUUGCAAGGCAAAAUAUUUAUUUUCCUUUCUAUCUUUUAUUUUUCAUACACUAAAGUACUACUGAGAGUGUAGAACAUUCUCUGGCAUCUCAGAAACAGAAUCAGUUACCUAAUGUAUCACCUGAGUCCUCGUGGAGAGAUCAUCCCACAUGCCAUGGUGGAAUACCACACAGGAAAUGUGUAUUUGAAGACUGAAAUUGGAGGACGUGUAUCAUUGCAAAAAGUAUUUCAGUAACUGAUAUUUUUGCUGCACAUUAUUUAUUAUUAUUAUUAAUUUGACUCUAUGAUACUAUAUAUUUACAAGCUUUGACCCAGAAAAAUCAAAGUCUAGAAGCAAGUAUAAAUCCAUGCACUUUUUUGUUGUAAAAAUCCACAAGAUACAGCCCCAGUUGCUGUCAGUUUUAAAUUCACUUAAGAAUUCUCUCUUUGGAUUUCUGACCAAAAAUGCUUCCCCUGAGCAUUUCCGUUGUUCCAUUUUGUAAGAAGAGAACACAGUCACUCAUGGCUACAGCACUCUGUAAUAUGAUAUUGUUUCAUAUUUCCUUAGCUAAGGUUUACUUGAUUAAGCUUAUGAAGAAUCACACAGAGCAAUAUCAAAUGCAACAUAUCUCAACGUAGCUUUUCAUGCCCCCUAAGUUCUCAUCAUGUGCCAACAUCUAUCUAUUAGUGAGUUUCUACAUUGUAAUUUUACAUAUCCAGCUGCAAAUGAAAAUCUUAUUUUUGCUACACCACGGCCUUUUGAUACUCAAUGAUAAUUAAAUCACAAAAUAUUAUGUCACUUAUGAGAAAAUAUAGCUGUUUCCAAGCGAGAGAAUAGCUAGAAAUAGAGGAUAUCAGUAUUUUUUCAAGGUCCACUGGUGAUUCCAAUGUUCAAUCUGGAGAAGCACUUAGGUGAAACCUUAACUCAGGUGUUCCUGCUUAGUAAAGGUUCUGGAGACUGCUGUCAUCUGCUGAGCUUUCUAGAUGGUCUAUACUGCUCAUUCUACAAGUAGCACCUAGAUUUCAUCAUCCUGAGGCCUCCAAAGGUUGCUAAAUUCCCAACACUGUGUGCUAGCUAGCAAGGCCUGAAUUUCCUGAUCUAGCAUAGUCAGGAUUUCUGAGGACACCCGUUCACCUAUAAUUUGAGUAAGGCCUUCCCUGUGCUUUUUGCUGAAGCCUGUAUGGUUCCUGUGCAAUUAUUGAAGCCACCUAAUGCUCAUUUCAGUAAAAGUAGCAGAACCGAACCACCAUAAAUAUUGUGGGAACAGGAGAUUUAUGUUCAGAUGUCAUGAAAAUUCCUCUUUUUACUAAUUUUACUAAUUUAAUAAUUCUGAAACCAAACUGAGAAGAAGAUUUGGGCAAUGUAGUUCCCAGCCAUAACCAAGUUAACAACAAGAUCCCAAACACUUCAACCCUUUUCAACUUGCCACUCAUACACAUUUCAUUUUAUCAUAUUUAACUUUCAAAAAAGACAGCAGAAAAGUAUGCUUAUUUUUUCAACAGAUGUAUACAACUUAAAGAAAAAGAGUAUACUCAAAGUUUCCUAUGUCAUUUUAUUCAUAUGGGUGACUUAGGAUUCUUACAGCCAAGUCACAUACAACCUUUGAUAUCCUACAGCUUGCUAAAAUGUCGAGAUAGAAGGUGAACCCUUCUUACUAUAUCUUGUGUUAGGAAGUAGGCGAAUGGGAGAGGAGGGGAAUAUUGGUUAAUAUAUUUACAAAUAUAUUCACAUCAAAGCAAAAGAAAAAAAUACUCAUAAGUCCUGCAGCUUUAGUUUCAGCUCCUGGUCACACGAUCAUACAUGGCACAUAUAACUGCCUUUUUUCCACAACCUACUCCAUGUUCUCUUUAACUUCAGCAAACAUCUAGGUUGUUUUGAUUUCUUGUCUUAUGAAGUGGCCAAAAACUUUAUCUUCAAGUAUGAAUAUCAUUAGUAGUUCUUUCUAUUUGACACUGUUAUAGAAUUUUAUUAAAUUUUAAAUAAUGGAUAUGAGACUUCUAAAAGGUGCCCCAGAGUCUCUCCUGCAUUCCAGGAACACUCCCCACUACACUCAUUGUGUAGCAGCAAUCAAAUGUUUCCUUCAUAUUCAAGAAAAAUCAUGCAAACAGUAGAGAAAUCCUUUUUUGCUUAUUGGUUAAGUAGCAUGAAGUUCUCAAAGUGAACAGGUAGCAGUCUUGGCAUCUGGUUCAAUGGAAUCAUUUUUGUGUUCCUUGUAGGAAGAAUUACCUCCAUCUAUCUGUCUAUCUAUCUAUCUAUCUAUCUAUCCAUCUCUGUUUCUCUCUCUUUCUUUUUUUAGGAACAAAGACCAGCAAACCUUAAAUUGUGAGGAUGGGAAGCAAAAUUUUUGUUAGUGAACCAUUAAGAAGAAUAGUGAGAAAUGCUACCUCCUUUUCCACGUUUUGAUUCCCAGACUCAAAAUCCUGGCUAUUGGGGAAAAAAGCAUCAUAGAUAUAACAGCAGUUUAAAGCACAUGCUGCACUCUGGAGAACAUGAUCCGAGCCCCAGAAAGUGUUGGCUUAACUGGUGGCAAAAUGAAGCCUUCAACAAACCUGUAAAGUUUUCAACAAAGUCAUGUGCUUUAGGAUGAUGGGGAAUGUUGUAAGACUAAAGAGUUUUUAAGCAUAAGCAAAUUGUCACGUUUCCUUUGCUGUAAAAUGAGCCACUUGGUUUGAAGCAAUGUUAUGUGACAGAAUAUGAUGAUGAAUAAAGAAUUCUAUAAAUCCAAAGACAGUAGUUUUGACAAAAGAAUUUUGGUCAAAAAUGAUAAAUCCAUAUUGAGAGUAACUCAUAUUCUAGUAAGAAUAAAGUACUGAUUCUUCCAGAUGAAUGAAAUCAAAUGUAAUCAAUUUGUGAGAUGCUGGCUGGACCCUCAGGGAACGUGCCAUGUAUGUCUGAUGAUUGUAUUCACUCUUGGCACAUUUGGCGCUGGAGAGUGGCUGUGGCCACAUCAGCCUUGGACUCUUCUUUGUUUGGUCAAGAGACUCCUCCGUUGGCACCAGACCACUCCACAAAUAGGUAACGAAUAUUGUGACAAAGCAAUACCACACUUCUAGAGAAAAGGUCAAUAAUGUUUAUUUCCUGUCUCACCAAAUACUAAAGACAACAUAGACCAAGACCAGUAACAUAAUUUUUUCAUUAUUAUCAGUUAGAGAUGCUCAUUGUGUCUAGAAUUAACACAAAAUCAUUUAAACCAACGCUGUUUCUGAAGAACAUAACCAUGGUAAUCGUUUUUUUGUGUCCAUGUGAUUAUUUUCGAGCAUAGAAAAUGGUUCGCCCUGUAUCCUAAAAUAUGGUCUCUCUAACCUUGAUGUUUCCUCUGUAUCAUUUUGGAGAUGUAAUGAGACCUAAAAUCAUCCAAAUCUCUUCCUUGAGAUAAAGAAGGUAAUGCUCAGAGAAAUUAAAGAGCUUGUACGAAGUCGCAUACUUCAGGAAUGGCAUCUAGGCUUAGAUCAAAGUUUCUCAACUCCUUAUUCCAGGUAUUUUUUAUUAUUGUUUUACAGACUGCAAUGCCUUUUUAAAGAAUGACACAUGACCGGGUAAUUUUCUGAGUAUAAAAAAGACAAUUGCAGAAAGAAAUUAUGUUCUGCCUCAUGGAUAUUUGUGGAUGUCCAGAAGAGUUAAACAUGCAUCUAUCCUUUUCUUGAUCAUUUUCUCAAAAAUUUAGACAAGAAAAAGAAGAAUGAAUAGAGGAAAUUGCUCCUCCAUGACUGAAUUCAUUUUCCUUGGAAUCACCAACAACACUAGGAUGAAAGUAACCCUAUUUACCAUGUUUCUGGUUGUUUAUCUCGUUAAUCUUCUGGCAAAUCUUGGAAUGCUCAUUUUAAUUAGAAUAAAUUCCCAGCUGCACACACCAAUGUACUUCUUCCUCAGCCACCUCUCUUUCUGUGACCUCUGCUAUUCCACAGCAGUUGGGCCCAAGAUGCUGGUGGACUUGUUUGCCAAGAACAGAUCAAUCCCCUUCUUUGGCUGUGCUCUGCAAUUCUUGAUCUUCUGUAUCUUUGCAGAUUCUGAGUGUCUACUGCUGGCAGUGAUGGCCUUUGAUCGGUACAAGGCCAUUAGCAACCCCUUGCUCUAUAGAGUCAACAUGUCCAGCAGGGUGUGCUCCCUGCUCAUGGCCGGGGUUUAUCUGGUGGGAACGGCAGAUGCUUUGAUACACACAACAUUAACAUUCUGCUUAUGUUUCUGUGGGUCAAAUGAGAUUAAUCAUUUCUUCUGUGAUUUACCACCACUUUUCAUCCUUUCCUGCUCUGAUAUACAGGUCAAUGAGUUGGUGUUAUUCACCAUUUUUGGCUUCAUUGAACUGAGUACCAUUUCGGGAGUUCUUAUCUCUUAUUGCUAUAUUAUCCUGUCAGUCUUGAAGAUCCACUCUGCUGAGGGGAGGUUCAAAGCUUUCUCCACCUGCAUCUCCCACCUAAUCACUGUGGCAAUUUUCCAGGGAACUAUGCUCUUCAUGUAUUUCAGGCCAAGCUCUUCCUACUCCCUAGAUCAAGACAAAAUGUCCUCGUUGUUUUACACCCUUGUGAUUCCUAUGUUAAAUCCUAUAAUUUAUAGCCUGCGGAACAAGGAUGUGAAAAAGGCCCUGGAAAGAAUGGAAACUAAUAGAUGGUUUUAAAUACGUAAUUUAAAUACACACGCACAAACUCAUAUUGUGGUUGUUGCUUUUGUAAAAUUGUAUGGCAUGAUACAAGAGAAGCAAAUGUGUCUCAAAUACUUUGAUUUAAUAAAAUUAGUAUUUGUUUUUUUUUUUUUGAGGAAGAUUAGCUCUGAGCUAACUACUGCC